CAGACAUGCAUUACUAGCGUCUUCAGAGAUAUAAAAACCUGCCAUCCAUAGGAAGACCUUCAACAAGAACUUCAUCUCAUUGACAGUAUUACACACAAUCAAGAUUUCCAAGAUCAUGGAUGACAAUAGGUGUGUUCACCUAUCCAUGAAUCAUUUACUAUUGUUCAUCGCAAUUAUUUUCUUGUUCUUCCAUAUUGAAGCCCAAUACACGUCCACCAAUCCCCAUGUCCCCAAGGUACACGAAUCGCGCGUUGCAACCAUUUGUGGCAUGCGCUCAAUUAUUUUCUCCAUAACAUUUCUCAUAGUUGUCUAUUCAAAGUUCUGCCACACAGCCAUGCCCACACCUCACAGCAACCUUGGUGAACUUAUGAUCGGAUCAAGGUCUAGAUUUUCUGGGAUUGAUAAAGCAGUGAUUGAAUCACUCCCAUUUUUCCGGUUUUCGUUUCUUAAGGGAUCAAAACAAGGCCUAGAGUGUGUAGUCUGUUUAUCAGAAUUUGAGGAUACCGAAGUUCUUCGGUUGUUGCCAAAGUGCAGGCAUGCUUUUCACAUGAAUUGCAUUGAUAACUGGCUAGAAAGCCACUCUAGCUGUCCUCUUUGCCAGUACAAGUUUGAUGAAGUGGAGCUCAUGAAUUGCACAUAUACAAAUAGUCUUAGAUACACCGGAAAUCCUUCAAAUCUAUUAGAGGAUCCAAAUCUUGAGUUCUUUGUUCAAAGAUCAUCAUCAAGAUUCAACGUGGGAAGCAGUUUUCGAAAAUUUGAAAAACCCAAGAAAGAUCUUUUGGUUCAAGAAGGUGACAUUCAAAAACUCUUCCAUAAGUUCAAGCACAAGAUCACUAUUUCUGAAAUUGUUUACAAGGGCAGUGGAGUGAUCUCAACUCCUCAGACUUGACAUUCUUGAAUUCCGAGAUGAUUAGUAUCAUGUCCAGUGAGAUAUUCUAUCCUUUGAAUAAUCUGACUAGUACUAGAUUUAAUCAUGCGUUUUCCAUGAAUGAACAUGUCAUGAAGAUUAAGGAGGACUUGGAUAUGAAGAGGUUGUAUGAGUCUAAGUUUGGUAAGAUGAAUAAUAGUAAUUCAUUUGCAUUUUCAAGUUCAAGUUUUCCUUAUACUUCUAACAGUGAAGGAAACCAAAAUACAAUUUCAAGACUAUUGAGUCAAGGCGAGAAGACAUCAAUGUCGGAGAUUACAAACCUUUCGAGGUUCAGAGAGUUCAGCGUAAGGAAUAGGCGUGGGGAAUCUGAGAGUUCAGAGAGAAUGAGGGCGAUUUGGCUGCCAAUAGCGAGGCGAACAGUUCAAUGGUUUGUAGGGAGAGAGAGAAGUUUAGAGGGAUCAGAGAGUGAAAGACAACCAUCAUACAUGUGUGAAUUUGAUGGAAAUUUUUCCAAUUUUUCUGAAUGUUUUUUGUUGUUGAAGCUCUACAAUUGAUUGGUUAUGCCUUUACAAUUGCAUGAUUCAAGAAGUGUUUUUGAGAUCACAGCCGUUACAGGAAAUGAUCUUCAUAUAUAUAAAUUGUAGUGAAAUGGCUUUGCCUUGCUACAAAUUGUGGGUACAAGAGUCGAGCCUUGCCACGUGGUGUUGCCACGUGGUGUCGCCACAAUGUAGCCAUGACAUUUCUUGGGUGGCUGCACCUCCAUGACUUUGGCACCACGUGUCCACAUUACAUGACAACACAUAUGUGGCCCACUUUGUGUUGUGUCUCAGCACCUAGGUUCAUCAAGCCAAGCCUAGUAUACCACUCUCGGAUUGCUCGCUUGUCCAAUUCCAGAACCCAAUCACCAAGACUAAAAUGUUUUCCUCAUGUUACUUAGGCUAGGAGCAGGGCCUGGUUACCCAACUCGGGACCACUAGCGGAAGCUAGAAUUCAAUGUUUCGUUUGGGCAUUUGCUAAGCCCCCCUCUGGAGCGAAGCAUGCUUGGACCAAGUUUAGAGAGAUGGGGGGAGCUUGACCAAGACAUGUGAUACCUCAAUUGUUAUGGUGUGUAUCCUUGCUCUUCUGGCAUAUGGAGCUCCUUACUAUCACCCUCUCUAUUUCAUAAGGCUAUCUUGGCCUUUUCCUCUCCCACUUCCGGUGUGUUUAUCAUCUUCUCAAUAAGGACAACUUUCAGCCGGCUCCCCCACUACAACCCACAAAAUUUUCCAUCAUAUUGCCAAAUGCAAAAGAUGUCAAACUUAUUCAUCGUAGUCAUUAUCGGACUUUUGUUUUGUCUUUCAAU